AUGGGAAUAUGCACGUCAGCAGAGAACCGAGAAGAGCGAAAAAAGAGUCUGGCAAUUGAUCGUGAAUUAGAGCAAGACCAAAAGAAGCUUCGGCGAGAAUGCAAGAUACUCUUACUGGGAAGCGGAGAAUCCGGAAAAUCAACCAUUGUCAAGCAAAUGAAAAUCAUUCAUCAAAACGGUUAUUCGCCCGAAGAACUCAUCACAUGGAAAUUCACAAUCUUUAAAAAUAUACUCGAAUCAAUCCAAUCUAUUAUCUCUGCCGUACAUAAAUUUGACUAUCAAUUUGAAACGAUCAAAGAUCAGACACUGAUAGAUCAUCUUCUAGCCUAUCAUAUUACAGACCCUUCACUACCUUUUGAUACAGACAUGGCUCUUUUUAUUAUUCAAAUAUGGAAUGAUCCUAUCGUACUCACACUCCUCGAUAAACAUUCAAAUGCAUUUUAUUUCAUGGAUUCGGCACCCUACUUUUUAAACGACAUGAAACGAAUCACCUUGGAUACCACCUAUAUCCCCACCGUCGCAGAUGUCCUGUAUGCUCGAUCCAAAACAACAGGCAUCACAGAAACAAAAUUUCAAGCUGGUCCUCAACUCAUUAUCCACAUGUUUGAUGUCGGUGGUCAACGUUCCGAACGUAAAAAAUGGAUUCAUUGCUUUGAAGCCGUCACCAGUAUCAUUUUCUGCGUUGCACUCAGUGAAUACGAUCAAGUGCUUUUAGAAGAACAUAAACAAAAUCGCAUGAUAGAAUCCCUCAUCGUCUUUGAAUCUGUCAUCAACAGUCGAUGGUUUUUACGCACCUCCAUCGUCUUGUUCCUGAAUAAAAUUGAUUUGUUCAGGGCAAAAUUACCGCGCGUUCCUCUCAAUCGAUUCUUUCCCGAUUAUUCAGGCGCUGACAAUCCUGGAAAAGCUGCCAAGUACAUCUUGUGGCGCUUCACUCAAACCAAUAGAGCAAAUCUCAAUAUAUACCCACAUGUGACACAGGCCACAGAUACACAUCAAAUCCGUCAUGUGUUUGCAGUAAUUAAAGAAACCAUAUUGCAGAAUGCGUUAAAGGACUCUGGCAUUUUAUAA